AUCGCAGCAGGGAAAGAAUGAUCACAAUUUUGCGUUAAUGUCAACAAUCAAGGCUCAUUCAAUUGCGAGACGGAGAGUUCCAAAGUUUUUUUUUUUUUUAAAGCACCUAAUUUGCCCUACCAGUGAAAGUCAGUACAAACAAUGCUUGGCUUCCUGGGGGCCAGACCAGACAGGGGGCAAGCUAGGUAAACAAGGGGAUGAUCCCUCCUUAUCAUUAGCCUCACAGACAGCUCUCAACAUGUAGUGACGGACGCCCAGGGCGGUUAACAGCAAACGAAAAGCCAUUUGACAUACAUUUGAUUUUUCCCGUUAAUCAAAAAAGUUUUUUUUUCGAGGGAAUUCACUGUUAGUUUUAAACUGAGCUCGCAUGGAUGGGGGAAACAAAUGUAGGUGUGCUGAAGACAAACAAGUGGAUAAAAAAGGAAGUGGAUAAAAUGUCGUCCGGCAGUGGGAUGACCAGUGGGCAUCAGGGAUGGCAUCUCUCAGGCACCUUCUGGUUUUACUACUGUCCUUUGGUCUGCUUUUCGAUGGCUCUUCAAGCGAUUGCUGUCGUCUGUGCGUUCUAGACAAACUCUGGGCAUUCGCCAGACAGACUCCUACACAACAACAGCAACAACAACAACAGCAGCGGUUUUGUCUAGACUCGCAACUUUCAUUAUCAUCAUCGGCUUUUGGAACUGCAUUGUACCGUCGACUGGCUUACGGUAACCAUGACAACAUUAUUGUCUCACCUCUCAGUGUGUACACAGCCUUGACUAUGAUCAUUCCUGCUGCUGCCGGGGACACAGAACGCGAGCUUGAUACCGCCCUCGUUAUGCUGCCACAGCAAGACCUCCAGUGUGAGGUGGAGAGAUUCCUCAACUCUUUGACAGCCCCAGCUUCCUCAUCCAUGGUCGUUGUUCGGUGGGGCAACGGCUUGUUCUACAAUCGACUUCUACAGAGCAGAAUAUCGCAGAGGUUUAUUCAAAGCAUAAAUCGGUAUAACGGUGCACAAGUGGACUCUUUUGAGUGGCCGGAACCUGAACGGAAAAUCAAUGCGUGGGUGAAUCAACUAACUGAAGGAGAGAUCCCCCAGCUUCUGCAACCAGGGUCCAUUCCGCAGGAAACUAUCCUCUUUCUUCUUAACGCCGUGUAUUUUGAGGCUUCCUGGGAAACACAGUUCGUUGUCCAGUCACCGAUCAGCUUCACCACUGUGCUUGGAAAGGUAGUGACUACUCCGUCCAUGGCUUCCAGGGGUCUACUUCCGGUGCUCUUCCUGGAGGAGUUGGAUGUGAGCUUGGUGGAGCUGUCCUACAGGGGAGGACGCUACAGUCUCUACCUCCUCGUGCCUUCUACAUUCGACGGUCUGCAUCGACUGGAAGCUCGUCUAGAUAGUCAGGUUCUUGAUGGCAUUCUGUGGCGGGCUCGCGGCUACCGACCAGUUGCUGUCGUUCGUUUGCCGAAGUUUAAGCUACGCACGCGAAAGUCGCUGAACGAAGACCUGAAGACCAUGGGUCUGACGUCGAUGUUUGACGCACGCAAAGCUGACUUUUCUCGACUGGUCUCGGACGUUGACGAGGGUCUGUCGCAAGAACUGGGCAAACUGACCCCCUUCGUCAACCAAGUUCUUCACGAAGCGAUAAUUGAGGUCUCAGAGAAUGGUACAAAAGCUGCAGCCGCGACCUCUAUCGGUUUCGUGGACCGCUCUCUUGACACAUCAGAAGAUCAGUUUCGGGUGGAUCGUCCCUUCGUUUUCAUCAUCCGGGACAAGGCAAGCGGUCUGAAUCUCUUCACAGGACGGGUCACUGACCCUACGCUAGAGUGAGCUGUCUUGUGAUAUGUCCCGGCACAAUCGCAUAAUCUUUUAUGGCACUUUAAAUAAAUGUUUGCAGGCAACAAAAAUACACACUAUUGAAAA